CACCGCUACCGGAGCGAAUGGAUGCGUGAAAUCCCGGUAUGGCGGACAGAGAGAAGAGUAACCCGUCGCCGUCUGGCCGCUCGGCUAGCGGCCGCCGCGUGCAGGUUGACUCGCCAGCCAGUUUCAGGUUAACCCAUGACAUCAGCUUGGAGGAGUUUGAGGACGAGGACCUCUCUGAGAUCACAGAUAUCAAGGAUGAGUGUGGGAUGAGUCUGAACUGCAAUGGGCUGGAGAUGAAGGGCCAUGUGAGGCGGGGGACCAAUAGCGUGUCAGGGAGGGCGGAGCUAGGAGCUGUCGGACACAUCCACACGGAGAUGCUUCAUUUGGACCUGAUCGACGACGGCGACAGUUACUGCGGCGACACAGAACCCACGAAGCCGUGCGCCACAGCAUCCCUGCUAGCGACCAAGGACCCCACGGCAACCGUAACCAUGGAUACCUACCGUCCCAAGAGACCUACGACCCUUAACCUCUUCCCCAUGGUGCCACGCACGCAGGAUACGCUGAACAACAAUUCGUUUGGUAAGAAGUACAGCUGGCAGGAGAAAGUGUCUCGGUCGUCCUCCCCCCUCAAGACAGGUGACCUUUCCCCCCCCCACGAGCACACCUGUCUGAGCGAUGAAGACAAGCAGCGGGGCGGGGCCCAGGUGGGAGUGGCCCAGACCAAGGACUGUGGUACGUCCACGGACGGCCCCUGCCGACGCGGCCACGCCCCCGUCACCACGGGAACACGCUCCAAGCUGCAGGACAGGAAGCCGCCCCCGCCCCCGCCCCCACCCCAGGACUACGCCCCCGCGCCCCUGCGCCCCAGGGGGGGCGGGGCGGAGGACAGGAUCCACUACACGACCGACGUGUGUCUGGAGCCCACUGAGGAGAUAUACCUCACGCCUGUGCUGCGCUCCUCAGAGUCGCUCCACGACCACGCCCACGACCACGCCCACGCCCAGGACCAGCCAGACCUUCCUCCCUCCCAGCAGCCGGAGCACGGCCGCAUGUCCCUCAGCUCAGACACCGAAGGCCCGCCUCCCUACCAGCCCCUCCCCGACCGGACCAAUCCCUGCAUCAGCGAGGAGGACGAGGUCUACGUGGCCCCGCCCCCUUCUUACGCCUCGUGCAUGGAGGCGCUCGCCACCCCUCCCGCCCCCCUCGGGGGCCCUGCCCUGGACAUGAGCCUACAGGGGGCGGGACUGGGCGUGGUGGGGGCGGGACUGGGUGUGCAGUAUGUGGAUGACUAUGGGGGGGAGGACGAGGAGGAGGACAGGGUGAUGAGGGACGGACCAGGGGGGCAGGGGGGAGGUGGGGGGAGGCAGGGGGCAGGCAGGGGGCCGGGGGACCCCGGGGCCCCACCUCGGACUGCCAUGAGUUCGGAGGCCAGCGGCCUUUCGUACGACUCUGUGAAAUACACGCUGGUGGUGGACGAACACGCCCAGCUGGAACUCAUAAGCCUUCGGCAGUGUUACCAAGGUUACAGCGACGACAGCGACACAGCAACCGUGUACGACAACUGCGUCUCGUCUCCGUAUGAGUCGGCCAUCGGGGAGGAGUACGAGGAAGAGGAGGAGGGGGAGGAGGAAGAGGAGGAGGGGGAGGAGGAAGAGGAGCGAGCUGGGGUAGCAGGGGGGAGGAGAGAGGCCAGCGCUUGUCUCUCUGAUGACUCCACCCCGGAGGCUGACCUGAACUUCUCGAAGAAGUUCCUCAACGUCUUCCUCAACGGACGUUCACGCUCCUCCAGCGCAGAGUCCUUCGGUCUGGUCUCCUGUGUGAUCAACGGAGAGGAGAAGGACCAGACACACAGGGCUGUGUACAGGUUCAUCCCCCGUCAUGAUGAUGAGCUGGAGCUGGAGGUUGACGACCCCCUGCUGGUCCUGCUCCAGGGGGAGGACUACUGGUACGAGGGCUACAACAUGCGCUCUGGCGCCCACGGCAUCUUCCCCGCCUUCUACGCCACGGAGAUCACCCAGGAGCCUCGCGCCCUCACAGAUGGGAGGACGUCUGAGUGGGUGGACAGAUACCGCCUGAAGUUCCUGGGGUCGGUCCAGGUGCCCUACCACAAGGGGAACGAUGUUCUGUGUGCAGCCAUGCAGAAGAUUGCGACCAAUAGGAGGUUGACAGUCCAGUAUAACCCUCCCUCAUCAUGUAUCCUGGAGAUUAACAUGAAGGGAGUCAAACUGAUGGUGCAAGACGACUAUUAUGCUUCCGACAGAAGUAACGAGUGCAACCACUUCUUCCAGCUAAAGAACGUCUCCUUCUGUGGAUGUCAUCCCAAAAACAGCAAGUACUUUGGCUUUAUCACAAAACACCCAGCCGAACAGAGGUUUGCCUGCCACGUGUUUGUGUCAGAGAGCUCCACCAAGCCCCUUGCCCAGUCUGUGGGGAAAGCCUUCCAGUUGUACUAUAAGGAGUUUGUGGAGUUCUCCUGCCCUACAGAAGACAUCUAUCUGGAGUGACCCUCUCCUGCCCAUCCCCCUCCGCCCACAGCAUCACAGUGUAUUAUAGCCAUGCUGCAUGGACCAACCCACCCUAACAAAGACAAUCAACACCUGUCAAACAGAGCUGGUGGACGAGAGAGAGAUGAGGGGGGAAGGGGAGGAAGGGGAGACAUGUCACCAGUUGUUCUGUCUGUCUAUCUGUGGAGGAGACGAAGGGAUGAGAGGAAUGACAGAAAGAAGAGGAGGAGAUGGUGAGGAAAGGACUGAAGAGAGGAGGAGUGGAGAGAGGGUGAGGAGAGAGGGAGAGGAGAGAGGGUGAAGAGAGGUGUUACUUACUAUGCAACAUGGAUUCAUGGAUGCAGAGAGGAUGAUUGCACCCUGUCCACCAGAAGCACAAGAUGGAAACCAGCAGGUCAGAAGCAACUCCCAGGUUCAAAUCCCACCCCUGUACUUCGCUUUAUACAGAAGCGUCUGUUAAUUGAACACGUUAUUAUAAAUAGACAUGCUUCAACAGUGAAUGUGUUUGGUAACUCUUCCCUGCUGACUGACGUCUCCUGAACGCUGAGAUUCCACCAGGUUCCUCCACGGUCCGCCUCACGCUACGUUCUCUCUGCAGUGUGUUUUCAGCUGUCUGCUGCGUUGGGACAUCAUGCACCAGUGGGGGUUUGUUAUACAGACUUAAAACUUGGGAAAAUAUCAACUUUUGAGUGCUCACAGAUCCGCUUGACCAAUCAGAGCACAGGUGUUUUAAAUCCCCUGCACGGUGUGGUACGCAGCACCAACAGUUGGAUCACACAAAUCCUGACCAGACACGUGUGUAGAGACACGCUGUAGAGAGAACCUGCUGUGAUAUUAGACACCUCCAGCUACAGCUCACCUCUAGAGAACCUCCUAGCUUCAUCUUCCUCGUUAUCAUCACAGUGGCCAAUCAGCUGUCGUUGCCAUUUUGGGAUGAAGUUCAUUCACACUCCAGUUUACCAUUCAGUCAUAUCAAGUGGAGUGACAUCACUUCCUUUAGAAACAGGAAGUGUGAAAGUGUGCAGAGUGCAAAUAGAGGAUGUCAAGUGAGGAUCUAGAAGGUUCUACAAGUGCUGACUUGACCCAGGAAGCACAAAAAACAGGAAAUGACCUUUGGCCUCUUCCACAUCCAUACAUGUAGUAGUGCCUCUUUUCUUACCAUCCAAUUUAACGUCACCUUUCUUCCCUGAAAGAUCACGGUGGAUGUGUUGACGAGAAUUAUGCUGUGUUUCUAUGAGAGGCUUGAAAUCAAACGUGAUGUUUUAUCUGGUGAUUAAAUCCAUUGGAAUGAAAGUAUUACAUAAUUCACAACAUCCUAAAACUCAUUUCUAACACAAAGUUCACUGAACAAACCUGUCAUUAACAUGGCGAUGAAAAUAUUGUAAAUGUAUGUUUCUAAAAUAUGGGGAUCUAAUUUAUGAAUGAUGUGGGAUUUUCUAAGUGGUUCUGUCUUCUUGUCAUAACUCGUUACGAUCAUCCACAUUUUCCAUGUCACAAUUGUUUUAAUUCUUCAUCCAAAUUUAUCUUCAUAAUUUCAUCAUCAACUUCAUAGUACCUUCAUCAUCCACUUCUGAAGUUCUGUUCUGCUCCAAACUGUUUUCAGAACAAAAUCCUGGCCUCAAUAAAGGUACUAAAUGCAGGCUCUAUAAAGUGUGUACAGACA